AUGGGUGGACUUUGGUUAUCGGACGACUAUGAGUUUCACAAGCCGAGCACUACUGACAUGAACAUUGCCAGUAUUGCUUGGGGAUUCUCACUGGGCGUGUCCAUCUUUAGUGGAACCAAGGCUAUGGGACAGACCAUCCAGUCUUGGAAGAGAGGAACGAGGACGAACAUCUAUCUCGCCUUGUUGUGGAUGGAGUGGGUGAGCAGUGUGAUUAUGAGCGCUGUCACAUGGUGCUACCUCCGUCAAUACAUACCACCUGGCUUCCCUGUUUUCUUUGUCAUUGUUUUCCUCUGGGCUGUUCAGAUCCAAACGCUUCUCCAGAUCAUCAUCAACCGAAUCUCGAUUCUUAUGGUCAACCGACGCAACGCUUGGAAACUAAAGCUCAUAACUUUCCUUGUUCUUCUUGCCAUCAAUAUCAGUGUUUUCUGUAUCUGGAUUCCUGCUCGUCUCCAAAUCAGUCAGCAGUACGUCCGUGUUAACGCUGUCUGGGAUAGAAUAGAGAAGGCUAUCUUUCUGGUUGUCGAUGCGGGAUUGAACUUUUACUUCAUCCAUCUUGUCCGCUCUCGACUCGUUGCCAAUGGUCUGACAAAAUACACUCGCCUUUAUCAGGUCAACCUGGUCAUGAUUGGUAUCUCGAUGACCAUGGAUGUCCUCCUCAUCGCCAUGAUGUCCCUUCCCAACGAUAUCGUCUACCUCCAAUUCCAUCCGCUAGCAUACCUCGUUAAGCUCCACAUCGAGAUGAACAUGGCCGAGCUCAUCACCAAGGUCGUCAAAGCGAGCAAUCCCAAUGACUACGACUACUCCGGUUCUCGAUCUGGUGGAAAAAGUGGUGCUACAAGAACCGCCACGAACAAAAGGGCAACCUCCGUCUUUCCUGCCGGAAAUCAGACAUUUGUCGAAGCUGGCGAGAGUAUUGAGUUGCCACAGCGGACAGAAGACGGCAUCAAAGUGUCCAGGACGUUUCAGACUACACAGAUUGAGGUUGUCAAGCCGAACCGUAACCGUACGGAUUAUGAUGACCUUCAGAGUGAAUCAAGCUCUACACGCAACUUGAAGGAGGAGCAAUUUAAUGUUUGA